AUGACUCUGGAGUGGACCUAUCUGAGUCUGGGAUCUCUCUUGGCGACCCUGUCCGUCGCACAGCGUCCCUCUUCUCCCUCCUCUGCCCUCGGCGACCACUCUGACGACGAGACUGGCUUUGAAAUCGAUAAUGACGACCCGCUCUAUGCUCGACUAGAUUCGCUCUAUGUAGAUAACCCGGAUGCCGCUGAUGAAGAACAGCAUGAAACGUCCGCUCUGCCGCCGGCUUUCCAGGAACACCCACUCAUUCGACGUGCCUAUGUCCAAGCAUUCAUUGCGGUCGCUUUUCAUGGUGCUACACACGACCUGGCUCAGUACCAACUGGAGUGCGCACGGUCACAGCUUCUCUCGCUCUCUCUGCGUACUGGGUACGACAUUCCUGGGCUCGAGAAAAUGGCUAUCACCCUGCGGACUGCUGAACGGCGGCUUGGUGUUGACCCUGACGCGCAUAUAACGUACUAUUUCCUGUGCGACCACUGCUGGGAGACCCACCAUCCUACGGAACUAAACGGUCUCCCUGGACAUGGAAAGUGCGUCUCUCUCGACUGUCCUGGGACCCUCUUCGAGACCAAGUGCUUCGCCAACGGGAAGAAGCAUCGCGUGCCGGUGAAGGUGCUGUCAGCGGCCUCCCCGAAGGAUGUCAUUCAACGGCUGCUGCUACGCCCGGGGAAGGUGGCUGAGCUGAGCCUGUGGCGCACCAAACCAGAAGACCAGGCCGGAGAGAAACCCCCGGUCGGCAUGGACGAGUGGGCUGGUCAUCUGGAUGCAAGCUUUCGCAUGUACGACAUCACUGAUGGGUGGGGUUGGAACGCGAUUCGCGCAGGCCUGCAGCGUCGCAAAGGUGGUCGGUGGGGUGUCCAUGAUGUGGACGUCAACGAGCUCAACCAACGGUUUGUUGCACUGCCCAAUGGUCUGGUGCUCAUCUUCAACCUCGACUGGUUCCGCGCUAUGAAACGAGGCAACUACUCGGUGGGCGCGAUAUAUCUUACGGUGUGUAACAAUCCGCGCUCCAAGCGGUUUCUCCGCGAAGAAACAUUCCUGCUCGCUGUUAUACCGGGUCCGGAUGAGCCAUCUCUCGAAGAGCUCAACCACAUCCUUGAUGUCUUUGUGCCAGAGCUGUUGGAGCUGUAUAAUGGUGUCGUUAUGAGGAUCCCGGGAGAUGAGGCAGCGCUGGUCCAUAGCUUCCUGUAUGCCAAUGCGUCGGAUCUACCAGCUGCACGUAAGGCAUCGGGUCUGCGCGGGCACACGUCCACAUGGUUCAUGUGUCCCGUAUGCCAUGAGCCGAUGCAUUCGUUGACGGACCCAGACUGCUUCAACUCGGAAAAGGUCUCGUACCGCGAAGAAGAACGCUUCCUAAAGUAUGCCUACCGAGCGCGUCACGCAGAUCCAGACACGCGGGAGGAGAUUGCGGAGGAGCGAGGUAUCCGUUGGUCGUCGCUCAAUAUCCUUCCGGGUUGGAUGCCGGUUACCAGUACGCCGACCGAGUUCAUGCACGCUGCAUUCUUAGGAGAGGCCAAACAUGUCGUACAGGGGAUCCUGACUGUGGGCGGCAUGUUUGCCCAGCGCCGACGAAAUGACAACCCGCUGAAGAAGUUUGAGGCAUGGCUUGACGCAGUAUGGUGGCCUGGAGAUGCAGGACGCGUGCCCAAAGGCGUAUCUGGGACGGGAAAGGCCGACCAGUGGCGGAACAUGGUCUCAGUCUUGCCGGUGGGUCUGUAUGAGGCUUGGCAGGUCAACGGCGAUAUCCCCGAUCGUGAAGCGCCACCGCUGCGUCAAUCACAGAAGACAGCGAUAAAGGCGAAGCGGGUCGCCGAGCUGGUCCGCGAGCGUCGGCAGACCGCUGCGGCGCACGAUCCAAGCACAACGGUUGCAGACCUCGAGUAUAUUGCUCAAGAGAGCAUGCACCGCAACUACCGUGAUCACUAUGCGACGGUGAUUGAAUGGGCCGUCGCGAUCCGAAUCUGGGCAUCGCAGUCUAUCAGUGUUGAAGAGGCUCGCCGUGCCCAAGACUGCCAUGACCGCGCAUGCCAGGACUGGGCACGGAUGUUUUGCCAUCUCACUCCGUACUUCCACAUCAUGAUCCACUUCCUCGUGUUCGUCUUAUGUCUGGGACCCGUCUAUGCAUGGUGGGCAUACGUAUACGAACGCUUCAACGGCUGGCUAUCGAAGAUUAACCACAACGGGCAUAAGGGCGGUGAACUAGAGGCGACAUUGAUGCGGAGCUGGACGAAGCUCCAUCUAAUGCAUGACCUGAUCCUCCGGCUUGAAGGCCUUGGUGAUGCGAAGAGCCCAGAGGAUGAUGACAGUAUCCGGGAUCUGAAAAAGUGCAUUCAGGGCGAGAAGCGGCCGAGCCAGAGCCGUGGGACCCUGCUCAACACCAUUGCUCUCAUGACAGCCAAGGAUAGCGGCGACUUGAUCAAAUGGCCCAAGCACGGACGGAAGCUCAACCUACGGCCGGAGGGCCUGUACAACAUGGUGUACAACCACUUGCGCGUAGCCUGGCAGGAUUCGGCAACACUCAUCCCCGACACAUCAUACGAUCCCACCGGCUCACCGUUCAUCGCAGUGGCUGUCCCAUUCUACUCACACGUUAUCGUGGCAGGUCAACGAUACGGCAACUCAACAUCUGCUCGGGGAAUAAAGUACCGCUACGCGUACAUAGAUGGCCGACAGCCGGUCGACAUCAUUCAUCUAUUCCGCGUCCAACACACUACCAAUGAUGGCACAGAACUAGAGGCUGAGCUCGCAAUCGUGCGACCGUUUAUACAUAGCGUUCAUGCCCCUGACAUGCCGUGGGCAACACGUGCGGUAGACCUCGGCAUUGACACCUGGCAGCCCCACAUGCUGGGCCCACCUAUAGUCAUCAACAUUCGCCGGUUCACCGGCCAUUUCGCACUUGCAUACGUGACUCUGAGCCGCGGUCGUGCAUGGAUCACCAUGUCCCUUUGUCACGAUGCCCAAGAACCUGAUCGUGUUGAUGAGCUCGAGGGCCUGGAUGACUAUUAA